AUGCCGCUGGACUCGGCCUUCAUCCGGAAGGAGCCCUUGGGCCCGGGGCUCAUCAUCGCCCCCUGGAACUACCCCUACCUAUCCCUGGUGCCCCUGGUGGGCGCCCUUGCAGCAGGGAACUGCGCGCUGCUGAAGCCCUCGGAGGUCAGCAAGAGCACUGAGAAGGUCCUGGCCAAGGUGCCGCCCCGAUACCUGGACCAGAGCUGCUUUGCCGUGGUGCUGGGCGGGCCCGAGGAGACGGGGCAGCUGCUGGGGCACAAGUUCGACUACAUCCUCUUCACGAGUGGCCCCCGAGUCGGCAAGAUCGUCAUGGCUGCUGCCGCCAAGCACCUGACACCCGUCACGCUGGAGCUGGGGGGCAAGAACCCCUGCUACGUGGACGACAACUGCGACCCCCAGACUGUGGCCAACCGCGUGGCCUUCCGCUAUUUCAACUCCGGCCAGACCUGCGUGGCCCCCGACUAUGUCCUGUGCAGCCCCGAAAUGCAGGCUCGACUGCUGCCCGCCCUGCAGAGUGCCAUCACCCGUUUCUAUGGCGAAGACCCCCAGAGCUCCCCAGACCUGGGCCGCAUCAUCAGUGAGAAGAAUUUCCAGCGGCUCCGGGGCCUGCUGAGCUGUGGCCGCGUGGCCAUCGGGGGCCAGAGUGAUGAAAGCGAUCGCUACAUCGCGCCCACGGUGCUGGUGGGCGUGCAGGAGACGGAGCCGGUGAUGCAGGAGGAGAUCUUCGGGCCCAUCCUGCCCAUCAUGAACCUGAGGAGCCUGGACGAGGCCAUCGAGUUCAUCCACCGUCGGGAGAAGCCCCUGGCCCUGUACGCCUUCUCCAGCAGCAGCCAGGUAGUGAACCAGAUGCUGCACUGGAUCAGCAGCGGCCCCUUUGGAGGCAAGGAGGGCUGCAUCUACCUGACUCUGUCGUCCCUGCCACUAGGGGGAGUCGACAACAGCGGAAUGGGCAGCUACCACAGCAAGUUCUCCUUCGACGCCUUCUCCCACCACCACGCCUGCCUGCUCUCCCCCUCGGGCCUGGAGAAGCUCAAGGACAUCCGCUACUCGCCCUUUUCUGCCUGCAAACAGCAGCUGCUCAGCUGGGCCUUGGGCAACCAGCGCUGCAUCCUUCUGUGA